GGCCUCCAGCUUUUCCAGGAAAAAAAACUACAAGUCUCAUAUGCCCGGCCCAGCUCUGCCUCCAUUCGAGAUGCCAAUCUCUACGUCAGUGGGCUUCCCAAGACCAUGAGCCAGAAAGAGAUGGAGCAACUCUUUUCACAAUAUGGCAGAAUCAUCACCUCACGCAUCCUCGUCGACCAAGUUACAGGCGUCUCUCGAGGGGUUGGCUUCAUUCGAUUUGACAAGAGGAUAGAGGCAGAGGAAGCAAUCAAGGGGCUGAAUGGACAGAAACCCCUAGGGGCAACUGAGCCUAUCACAGUGAAAUUCGCAAACAACCCCAGUCAAAAGACUGGCCAGGCACUGCUCUCUCAGCUGUACCAGUCCACGAGCCGGCGGUACCCUGGUCCCCUGCAUCACCAGGCACAGCGAUUCAGGUUCUCUCCGAUCACCAUCGAGGGCAUGACGAGCCUCGCUGGCGUCAACCUCUCCGGCCCAGCGGGCACCGGCUGGUGCAUCUUUGUGUACAACCUCUCCCCAGAGGCGGACGAGAGCGUCCUGUGGCAGCUGUUCGGGCCCUUCGGGGCGGUCACCAAUGUCAAGGUCAUCCGCGACUUCAACACCAACAAGUGCAAAGGCUUUGGUUUCGUCACCAUGACCAACUACGACGAGGCAGCAAUGGCCAUCGCCAGCCUGAACGGCUACCGCCUGGGAGACCGGGUGCUACAGGUGUCCUUCAAGACCAGCAAGACCCACAAAUCGUGA